AUGACUCAACUGAAGCCAUUGAACGGAACCACGCCGAUAGGCUUCUCGGCCACAACAUCCCCGAACACCAGUGGGAGUUCGAGUGUGAAGAAUGGUACCAUUAAACCCAAAAAUGGCGUCUUCAACCCCAGCAAUGGGGACAUCAUAGACCCUCGCAGUGGGUAUGGGGUCGGCGGCAGUAUCCGCGUCCGUUUCCGCGGAGGAAUUGAACGGUGGAAGGAGUGUGUCAACCAGAUCCCCGAACGCUGCGAUCUGAGUGGUCUAGCAACCGACUCUACGCAAUAUCAGCUCGCAUCUACUGGGUUCAGCCACGCAAGCGCUGCCUACCAGGCGCGCUUGAUGACGGUCCCUGUUGACGUACAUUCCGCGCUCCAAGAGCUAUGCCUAGAACGCCGUGUCAACCUGGGAUCUGUCAUUAAUUUCGCCGUGCAUCAGAUGCUGAAAGGGUUUGGAAAUGGCACACACACCAUCACCGCCUCUCUGCACUGCGAACAGAACCCGCAGAAUUCUUCUCCAUCCUGGGUGGUCUCCCCCACAAUCGUCACCCAUGAGAACAGAGACGGAUGGUCCGUCGCGCAGGCGGUUGAGAGUAUCGAAGCGGGGCGCGGCUCGGAGAAGGAGUUAGUAACUACGAUUGACUCCGGGUCAAGUCUCGUGAAAAUGGGGUUAUUUGACUUACUCGUCAGCUUUGUCGAUGCAGAUGAUGCUCAUAUUCCCUGUUUUGACUUUCCCCUAACAGUGAUAGUGCACGAGUGUGAUGCCAGCCUCUCGCUGACUCUUCGGUUCUCCGACUGUCUCUUCAGCGAGGAGACGAUAUGCAAUUUUACCGAUGCCCUAAACAUCUUGCUCGCCGAAGCAGUGAUAGGAAGAGUUACUCCGGUUGCCGAUAUCGAACUGCUGUCCACGGAGCAGAAGCAGCAGCUCGAAGUGUGGAACAACACGGAUGGCCAGUACCCUUCAUCAAAGCGACUGCACCAUCUCAUCGAAGAGGUGGUUGAACGCCACGAAGACAAAAUUGCCGUUGUCUGUGAGGAGCGAAAGCUCACUUACGGCGAGCUCAAUGCCCAAGGCAACCGCCUCGCACGCUAUCUCUGUUCCCUUGGAAUCUUGCCCGAACAGCUAGUUGCGCUUUUUCUCGACAAGAGCGAGAAGCUCAUUGUUACCAUCCUCGGCGUAUGGAAGUCCGGCGCCGCCUACGUGCCCAUCGACCCGACUUAUCCGGAUGAGCGAGUCCGCUUCGUGCUGGAUGACACCAAAGCACAAGCUAUAAUCACCAAUAAUCGACACGUGGAGAGGCUCCAGCGAGAGGUCAUCGGCGAUAGAAAACUCCGCAUUAUCCCCCUAGAGCCUUUGUUGGCCUUCCUUGCUCAGGAUUCCUCAAGAUUUCCCGCGCAUAACUUGGAAGACCUACCACUCACGAGCCAGCAGCUCGCCUACGUGACAUACACCUCUGGGACCACUGGUUUUCCAAAGGGCAUAUUGAAACAACACACCAAUGUGGUGAACAGUAUCACCGACCUUUCUGCAAGGUACGGGGUGGCCGGGAAGCACCACGAAGCCAUUUUGCUCUUCUCGGCUUGCGUGUUCGAGCCGUUUGUUCGACAGACGCUCAUGGCACUUGCAAAUGGUCAUCUCCUCGCAGUUAUCAAUGACGUGGAAAAAUAUGAUGCAGACACGCUUCUCCCGUUCAUACGCAGACACAGAAUAACUUAUCUCAAUGGCACUGCCUCUGUUCUGCAAGAGUACGACUUUUCCGACUGCCCAUCACUGAAUCGGAUGAUCCUGGUGGGUGAGAAUCUGACAGAAGCCCGGUAUCUGGCGCUGCGUCAGAGGUUCAAGAAUCGCAUCCUCAACGAGUAUGGCUUUACUGAGUCGGCCUUUGUAACGGCCCUCAAGAUUUUCGAACCGGACUCGACCCGUAAGGAUACGAGUCUGGGGAGUCCGGUGCGUAAUGUGAAGUGCUACAUUCUCAAUCCGGCCCUCAAGCGUGUCCCGAUUGGAGCUACAGGAGAGCUACAUAUCGGAGGUUUAGGUAUUUCCAAGGGAUACCUCAACCGUCCUGAACUGACGCCGCACCGCUUCAUUCCUAACCCCUUCCAAACGGAUCGCGAGAAGCAGCUCGGAAUCAACAGCUUGAUGUACAAGACCGGUGACUUGGCCCGCUGGCUUCCGAACGGCGAGGUUGCGUAUCUUGGACGCGCGGAUUUCCAGAUCAAACUGCGAGGCAUUCGAAUAGAACCUGGUGAAAUAGAGGCGACGCUGGCUAUGUAUCCUGGGGUCCGAACCAGUUUGGUGGUGUCCAAAAAGCUGCGCAACGGUCCGGAGGAAACUACCAACGAGCACCUCGUGGGUUAUUAUGUUUGCCACAGCGUCUCAGUGUCCGAGGCAGAUCUGUUAUCCUUUUUAGAGAAGAAACUGCCACGAUACAUGAUUCCGACGCGGUUAGUACAGCUGUCGCAGAUCCCAGUGAAUGUGAACGGGAAGGCGGACCUGCGCGCCUUGCCAGCCGUCGAUAUCUCCAAUUCCACAGAGAUCCAUUCCGACCUUCGAGGCGAUAUGGAAAUAGCCCUUGGGGAAAUCUGGGCCGACGUGCUGGGCGCUCGCCAGAGAUCGGUCUCUCGCAAUGACAACUUCUUCCGCCUCGGAGGGCACAGCAUCACCUGUAUUCAACUGAUCGCACGCAUCCGACAACAACUGUCGGUCAGUAUCUCCGUCGAAGAUGUCUUCGCAACAAGGACACUUGAGCGCAUGGCGGACCUUCUACGGAACCAACAGCAGGAGAAAUCCAAGGAAAGCCAUGAGGCGCCGGCAGAGCUACUUGAGGAGAAACCAGCCACGGACAAUGUCUACCUAGCAAACAGUCUUCAGCAGGGCUUCGUCUACCAUUACCUCAAGAGCAUGGAGCAAUCCGACGCCUAUGUAAUGCAGUCCGUCAUACAAUACAACACCGCAUUGUGUCCAGAUCUGUUUCAGAGAGCCUGGAAGCAUGCACAGCAGUCCUUUCCGGCACUGCGGCUGCGGUUCUCAUGGGAGAAGGAGGUUUUCCAACUGAUAGAUCAGGAUCCCCCAUUGGACUGGCGUUUCCUCUGCUUCAUCGACGUUCCCGUAGGUGCUGUCGAGGACCGGAAGUUGGAUGACUUGCGGCGUCAAGACCUUACGGAGAGAUUCAAGCUGGAUGCGGGCAGACUGUUCCGCGUCUAUGUGAUUAAACACAGCGACAAUCGCUUCACAUGCCUUUUCAGCUGCCACCAUGCAAUCCUAGAUGGUUGGAGUCUCCCACUUUUGUUCGAAAGCGUUCACGAGACCUACCUGCAACUGGUGCAUGGGAGCAAUCUCACCCCGUCCGUGAAUGACCCUUACACCCGCACCCAGCAGUAUCUCCACGCUCACCGUGAGGAUCACCUCGACUUUUGGGCUAGGGUGGUUCAGCAGAUCGACGAACGGUGUGAUAUGAACGCCUUGUUGAAUGAACGCAGUCGUUACAAAGUCCAGCUGGCAGACUACGACCAAGUGCAGGAGCAGCGACAGCUGACGAUUGCCCUCUCUGGAAACGCAUGGCUAGCGGAUCUUCGUCAGAUCUGCUCCGGCCAGGGCAUUACCUUACAUUCUAUCCUCCAAUUUGUUUGGCACGCCGUGCUACACGCUUAUGGUGGUGGCACCCACACCAUCACCGGCACGACAAUAUCUGGAAGGAACCUGCCCAUCGUGGGAAUUGAACGGGCCGUUGGUCCUUAUAUCAACACGCUACCGCUGGUACUCGAUCAUUCGACGUUCAAGGACAAGACCAUCAUGGAGGCUAUCGAGGAUGUGCAGGCCAAGGUAAACGCCAUGAACAGCCGGGGAAAUGUGGAACUGGGCCGUUUGCACAAAACUGACUUAAAGCACGGAUUAUUCGAUUCUUUAUUCGUGCUUGAAAACUACCCGAAUUUGGACAAAUCCCGAACCCUACAGCACCAGGCUGAACUGAGAUAUUCGAUCGAAGGCGGCACUGAAAAGCUGAAUUAUCCGCUGGCUGUCAUCGCGCGCGAAGUCGAGGCGACUGGUGGAUUCACCGUGUCCAUCUGCUACGCCAGUGAGCUAUUUGAGGAGGUCAUGAUCUCCGAGCUUCUUCAUAUGGUCCAGGACACUCUGAUGCAGGUUGCCCGAGGUUUGAAUGAACCUGUCGGUAGCCUGGAGUAUCUCUCAUCUAUCCAAUUGGACCAACUCGCCGCGUGGAAUGCCACGGAAGCAGACUUUCCCGAUACCACACUUCAUGAGAUGUUCGAAAUUGAAGCGAGCCAGAAGCCGGACAAGACAGCCGUGGUCUAUGAAGAGACGUCCUUGACUUACCGCGAGUUGAAUGAGCGGGCGAACCGUAUGGCACAUCAAUUAAGGUCCGACGUCAGCCCCAAUCCCAACGAGAUAUUUGCGCUUGUGAUGGACAAGAGCGAGCAUAUGAUGGUCAGCAUUCUGGCCGUAUGGAAGAGUGGCGGCGCCUAUGUCCCCAUCGACCCUGGGUACCCUGACGACCGCAUUCAAUACAUCCUAGAGGAUACACAAGCUCUAGCUGUCAUCGCGGACUCCUGCUAUCUGCCUCGCAUCAAGCGAAUCGCCGCCUGCGGCACGCCUCUUUAUCCCUCCGGUUUGUCUGCCAACCCGGAUUCCAAGUGGAGCAUAUCGAACCCUUCGCCGUUGAGUCGGAGCACGGACUUGGCUUAUAUCAUUUAUACAUCUGGAACGACCGGCCGGCCUAAGGGGGUCGAGGUAGAGCACCAUGGAGUGGUCAACCUGCAGGUGUCGCUAUCCAAAAUCUUCGGCCUACGGGAUACUGACGACGAGGUAAUCCUCUCCUUUUCCAACUAUGUGUUCGACCAUUUCGUGGAGCAGAUGACCGACGCCAUUCUCAAUGGCCAGACACUACUGGUCCUCAAUGAUGAAAUGCGCGGGGACAAAGAGCGUCUCUAUAGAUACAUUGAGAAGAACCGAGUGACUUACCUGUCUGGCACCCCAUCCGUGGUCUCCAUGUACGAAUUCAGCAGGUUCAAGGACCAUCUACGCCGUGUGGACUGCGUCGGGGAGGCGUUCAGCGAACCGGUCUUCGACAAGAUCCGUGAAACGUUCCAUGGUCUUGUCAUCAACGGCUACGGCCCAACUGAAGUUUCCAUCACCACCCACAAGCGGCUCUACCCAUUCCCAGAGCGACGGAUGGACAAAAGUAUCGGCCGACAGGUCCACAAUAGCACGAGCUAUGUGCUGAACGAGGACAUGAAGCGUACUCCCAUAGGGGCUGUUGGCGAGCUCUACCUGGGUGGUGAAGGAGUGGUACGAGGCUAUCAUAAUCGCGCAGAUGUGACCGCGGAGCGAUUCAUUCCUAAUCCAUUCCAGUCGGAAGAGGAGAAGCGAGAAGGUCGUAACUCCCGUUUGUACAAGACCGGUGACCUGGUACGCUGGAUCCCUGGAAGCAGUGGGGAGGUCGAGUAUUUGGGCCGUAAUGACUUCCAGGUCAAGAUUCGCGGACUGCGCAUCGAACUAGGCGAGAUUGAGGCCAUCCUAUCGUCAUAUCCCGGAAUCAAACAGUCUGUGGUCAUUGCCAAGGACUGCAGAGAAGGGGGUCAGAAAUUCCUGGUUGGUUACUAUGUCGCAGAUGCAGCGCUGCCGUCCGCUGCCAUUCGGCGCUUCAUGCAGUCUCGACUGCCUGGCUACAUGGUGCCCUCUCGUCUCAUUCUCGUCAGCAAGUUCCCCGUCACUCCCAGUGGAAAAUUGGACACCAAGGCUUUGCCUCCCGCUGAAGAAGAGAGCGAGAUUGACGUGGUGCCGCCGCGUAGUGAAAUCGAACGCUCCUUGUGUGACAUCUGGGCGGAAUUACUCGAGAUGCACGCAGAGGAGAUCGGAAUUUACAGCGAUUUCUUCAGCCUGGGAGGUGACAGUCUAAAGAGCACAAAGCUUUCCUUCAUGAUUCACGAGUCCUUUAACCGUGCCGUCUCGGUCAGCGCCCUUUUCUCUCACCGGACAAUUGAAGCCCAGACGCACUUGAUCCUAAACGAUGCUACAGAUGUGCACGAAAUCAGCCCCAUAGAUUGCAAUGACACGCAAAUGAUUCCCGUGUCCCAUGCCCAGGAGCGACUCCUCUUCAUCCACGAAUUUGAGAGUCGCAGCAAUGCAUACAAUAUCAAUACUACCUUUGAACUGCCUGGCUCGGUUGACGCCUCGGUUCUCGAAGAGGCGCUGCGUGGAACCCUUUCUCGACAUGAGGCGUUGAGAACUUUACUAGUCAAGGAUCAAGCAACCGGUGUCUAUCUCCAGAAGGUGCUGAGUCCCAAUGAAGCCCAGGGUAUGUUCUCUGUCACGGUGGGCAUGGCGAGGCAGGUGGAGCGCGUGGACCAAGAGAUAGCCAGUCUAUCCCAGCGUGUCUUUGGCCUCGAUGAUGGACUGCCUUGGGAGGCCCGCAUGCUUAAACUCGAAUCUGGGAGCCUGUAUCUCAUUCUGGCGUUCCACCAUACCAGCUUCGAUGCAUGGUCUUUGAAUAUCUUCCAGCAAGAACUUCGCGCCUUGUACGCAGCGCUCCACAAAACCAAGAGUGCAGCGAACCUUACAGCCCUCAAAGCGCAGUACAAGGAAUAUGCGCUUUACCAUCGCCAGCAACUGUCUAGCGAUCGCGUGCGCAGACUGUCCGACUUUUGGCUGGGGAAACUGAUUGGCUUGGAGCCAUUGCAGCUGAUCACGGACCGCCCACGUCCUGUGCAAUUCAAGUAUGAUGGUGACAACCUCAGUAUGGAACUCAGCAAUAGGGAGACGGAGAACCUGAGGGAGGUGGCUAAACGCUGCAAGUCGAGUCUGUACGUCGUGUUGCUUUCCGUUUAUUGCGUGAUGCUAGCCUCGUACACGAACCAGUCCGAUAUUUCCGUCGGUAUCCCAGUCAGCCACCGAACACAUCCCCAGUUCCAAUCGGUUAUUGGAUUCUUCGUCAACCUCAUGGUGCUUAGGGUAGAUGUUUCUGAGACAGGUAUUUGCGGGCUCAUCAGAAGGGUAAUGAAAGAGCUCGUGGACGCCCAGCUGCACCAAGACAUGCCGUUCCAGGAGGUGACGAAACUGCUGCAGGUGUAUAAUGACCCCAGCCGACAUCCGCUGGUGCAGAACGUGUUCAACUUUGAAUCCCGUGCGAAUGGAGACCACGAUGCCAUGUCGCAGGAUGAGGGGUGGCUUUCAUUCAAUGAAUAUCGGCCGGUUCGGCCCAUGGAUUCCGUUGCAAAGUUCGAUCUAAAUGCAACGAUCACUGAAUUGGAGUCGGGAUUGAGAGUCAACUUCAACUACGCGACCAGCCUAUUCAACAAAAGCACGAUUGAGGGCUUUUUGCAUACCUAUGAAUAUCUCCUGCACCAACUAUCCGAACUGAGCGUAGAAGGGAUCAAGGACGAUACGCAGCUGUCGUUAGUUCACCCGACAGAGAAUGGCGCUCUACACUUGCCAUUGGCACAGUCCCCACUUGCAAUGACUGCUGAGGAGAAGAAAGUGGUGUCGUUGAACCGGGCCUUUGAGCGCGAAGCUUCCCUUGCCGCAGAGAAGAUUGCUGUCGUGCAGGGAGAUAGAGCGCUUGCUUAUGCUGAUCUUAACAAGAAGGCUAACCAGCUGGCACGAUACAUACAGUCUGUCUCCUGUAUUGGGGCCGACGACCGAGUAGCUUUGAUGCUGGACAAGAGCAUCGAGACGAUUAUUUGCAUUCUCGCAAUUUGGAAGGCCGGUGCAGCAUAUGUGCCCUUGGAUCCAACUUACCCACCGGGACGCGUCCAGCUGAUCCUAGAGGAGAUUAAGGCGAAGGCUGUUCUUGUGCACUCCAGUCAUGCCUCGAAGUGUGAACACCAUGGCGCAAAAGUGAUUGCAGUCGACUCGCCCACCAUCGAGAUGGCGAUCAGCCAACAGUCAGCUGCUGAUUUGCCGACAAUUGCUAGCCUCAACAGUCUAGCCUAUAUAAUCUUCACUUCCGGCACUUCCGGCAAGCCAAAGGGAGUCCUAGUCGAGCAAAGGGCAGUUCUUCUUCUACGCGAUGCCCUCCGGGAGCGGUAUUUCGGUCGAGACUGUACCAAGCAUCAUGGCGUGCUGUUCCUUUCCAACUACGUCUUCGACUUUUCCGUCGAACAACUUGUGUUGUCGGUGCUCAGCGGACACAAGUUGAUCGUUCCCCCAGCGGAUUUCGUCGCAGAUGAUGAGUUCUACAAAAUUGCCAACACUCACGGUCUCUCCUAUCUCAGUGGAACACCAUCCUUAUUACAGCAGAUCGAUCUGGCACGACUGGACCAUCAACAGGUUGUGACCGCUGCAGGUGAAGAGCUUCACGCCGCGCAGUACGAAAAGAUGCGCCGCCGAUUCAACGGUCCCAUAUACAAUGCCUAUGGCGUCACCGAGACCACGGUGUACAACAUUAUCACGGAAUUCACAACGAAUUCGACGUUUGAGAAUGCUCUUCGGGAAGUGCUCCCCGGUACGCGAGCGUAUGUACUAAACGCGGCACUUCAGCCCGUCCCCUUCGAUGCUGUCGGAGAGCUAUAUCUGGCCGGCGACUGCGUUACGCGUGGUUAUCUCAACCAACCUCUUCUGACGGAUCAGCGAUUCAUUUCCAACCCUUUCCGCAGCGAGGAGGAUGUUGCCACGGGGCGCUUCGCGCGGCUCUACAAGACCGGCGACCUAGUUCGAUUCCGGUUCAACCAUCAGCAGCAGCCGCAGCUAGAAUACCUAGGAAGAGGUGAUCUGCAGAUCAAGAUGAGAGGAUACCGGAUCGAGAUUUCCGAAGUUCAGAACGUGCUCGCUUCAACUCCCGGCGUCCGGGAGUGUGCAGUCGUUGCCAAGUAUGAGAACAACGAAACCUAUUCCCGGGUCGCUCACUCCCUGGUCGGCUACUAUACCACCGACAAUGAAACGGUAUCGGAAGCCGACAUUCUCACUUUCCUGAAAGCAAGGCUUCCAACGUACAUGAUCCCAAGCCACCUCUGCCGUCUGGAGGGCGCACUGCCUGUGACGAUUAACGGAAAGCUCGACGUCCAGAAAUUGCCGGAGGUUAUCAACGAGUCCGCGCAGUCCUCGUACAGCCCGCCAAAGAACAUAAUCGAGGCCAAGAUGUGCAGACUGUGGGAAUCUGUCUUGGGAAUGGAGCGAUGCGGUAUCGAUGACGACUUAUUCAAACUGGGCGGUGACAGCAUCACGUCUUUGCACCUCGCAGCCCAAAUUCACAACGAGGUGGGUUGCAAGAUCACCGUUCGGGAUAUCUUUGAGCAUCGUACCGUCCGAGCCCUCCAUGAUCACGUCUUCAUGAAGGACUCAGAUCGGAAGAAUGUGCCCCAGUUCCGAACCGAACAAGGGCCGGUCGUCGGCGAGGCACCCCUACUGCCGAUUCAGGACUGGUUUUUGUCAAAGGCUCUACAGCAUCCGAGCUAUUGGAAUCACACUUUCUACGUCCGAACACCAGAGCUCGAUGUUGAUUCGUUGAGCGCUGCUGUCAGGAACUUGCAACAGUAUCACGAUGCUUUCCGCAUGCGACUCAAGCGCGAUGGAAUCAGAUCCGUGCAGUCCUUUGCGGAGGACUUUUCUCCUGUCCAGCUUCGGGUGCUAAAUGUGAAUGAUGUCGACGGGCCCACGGCCGUCAACCAGAUAUUGGACGAGUGGCAGUCUAGCUUCAACCUUGAGAACGGACCCAUCGGUGCCAUUGGCUACCUACAUGGGUACGAAGACCGAUCCGCGCGAAUCUGGUUCUCCGUUCACCAUCUCGCCAUUGACACCGUCAGCUGGCAGAUCCUUGUCCGGGACCUGCAGACGUUGUACCGAAAUGGAAGUCUGGGAAGCAAGGGCAGCAGUUUCCGGCAGUGGGCUGAAGCUAUCCAAAAUUACCAGGCGUCAGGGUCUGAGAGGGACCACUGGAAUAAGCUCAUCAUGGAAACGGCUUCCAGCAUAUCCGCAUUGCCUACGUCGAACCGUUCGCGCGUUCGCCUGAGCAGAAGUUUGAGCGUGGAGAAGACAGCCUCGCUGAUCCAAGGGGGGAUCGAUCGACAGGAUGUCUCCGUAUACGACUCCAUCCUGGCUGCAGUCGGAUUGGCGCUCCAACAUAUCGCUCCAACCGGCCCAAGCAUGGUUACGAUCGAGGGACAUGGUCGUGAAGAAGAAGUGGACCAGACACUGGAUGUCAGCCGCACCAUGGGUUGGUUCACUAGCAUGUAUCCGUUUAAGAUUCCCCGUCUCAGCACCGAGAACCUUAUUCAAGGAGUGGCCGCUGUAAACGAACGGUUCAGACAGGUGCCUGCCCGUGGCGUCGGGUAUGGAGCCUUGUACGGCUAUACUCAACACCCGCUGCCCCAGGUGACCGUCAACUACCUGGGCCAGCUCGCUUGCAAGCAAUCAAAGCCAGACGAAUGGGUCCUCGCUGUUGGCGACAACGAAUUUGAAUACGGACUCAUGACUAGCCCAGAGGACAAAGACCGGAGCUCUUCUGCCAUCGACGUCACGGCCGUGUGUAUCGACGGAACUAUGACCAUCAAUGUGGACAGUGCUUGGAGCCUUGAGGAGAGCGAGCAAUUCAUCUCGAGAAUCGAGGAAGGACUGAACAAGAUCAUUGACAGCAGGAGAAGCGAAAAGCCGUCGCCAUUCCCGGCUGUUCCUCAACCGGCCAAGACAUACACCCCAUAUUUCGAGUAUCUGGAGCCUCCACGACAGGGUCCGACGUUGUUCUUGCUACCGCCGGGAGAAGGAGGUGCCGAGAGUUACUUCAACAACCUCGUCAAGCGGCUGCCUCAGACCAACAUGGUGGUCUUCAACAACUACUACUUGCACAGCAAACGCCUGCGCACUUUCGAGGAGCUGGCGGAAAUGUAUGUCGACCAGGUACGAGGCAUCCAACCACACGGACCGUAUCACUUCAUCGGAUGGAGCUUCGGAGGAAUUCUCGCAAUGGAAAUGUCGCGGCGGCUAGUAGGCUCGGACGAGAAGAUUGGCUUCCUCGGUAUCAUCGACACCUACUUCAACGUGCGGGGAGCGACACGCACCAUUGGCUUGGGAGACAUUGAGAUUCUGGACCCGAUCCAUCACAUCUACAAUCCCGAUCCGGCGAAUUUCCAACGCCUGCCCUCUGCAACGGAUCGCAUUGUGCUGUUCAAGGCCAUGAGGCCCAACGACAAGUAUGAAUCCGAGAACCAGCGUCGCCUGUACGAGUACUAUGACGGCACUCGACUCAACGAUCUGGAUAGCUUGUUACCAAGCGAUUCCGACGUCCAGCUGGUCCCGCUUAUGGAAGAUACACACUUUUCCUGGGUUGGAAAUCAGCAACAGGUUGAGCAGAUGUGUGCGACUAUCAAGGAACAUCUCGUUCGCUAUUGA